GGUUUAUCCGGCAAUUAGCAGCAUGUCGGCAGCAAGGCUCGAACGUACAUGAAGCAAUGGUUUUCCACGCGUAGUCGUUGCAGGUCGCAUAUCGCAUCGCGUAUUUCCCAGUCCGCUUUUCACAACGCCGUUUGCGGUUCGACCACAUCAAUGAGUCCUCCCCUGGAAUUCAGAACAUAUAGCGACUACCGCAUCCCGCCGUUGCAAUUCGAGCAGGAGAGGAAUGCGCAUUCUAGAUCGCCGGGCGACAGGAGCUUGCUCCAGAAAUGGAGUAUCGAAGACAUUCUAAACCGUUUUUCGCAGCGUCCGCAGGCUGAAACGAAAGGAUCUGGCGAUAGCGAGGAGGCGCUGAAGGAGAGUGACUUGGAGGAUUUGGAGAAGAAGGGUGAUGAGGGGACGUUGGUAACAUGGGACGGCGAUAACGACCCCCAAAACCCGCUCAACUGGAGCUACUCGCGAAAAUGGAUCGGCACCUGGCUCGUCUCGUGCUUUACCUUCAUCUCGCCGCUCGCAUCGACCAUGGUCGCGCCCGCGCUCGACACCAUCGCCGACGAUUUUGACAUCGAGUCCGACUUCAUGCGAAUGUUCGUCAUGGCGAUUUUCCUCCUGGGCUUCGCGGUCGGGCCCUUCGUUAUCGGCCCGCUAAGCGAGGUCUUUGGCAGAGUGAAGGUGCUGCAGCUUUGUAACCUGUGGUUUUUGGUGUUUAAUGGCUUGUGUGGGUUUGCCAGGAAUAAGGAUGAGAUGUUGGCAUUCCGGUUUUUGAGCGGCAUGGGUGGGAGUGCGCCGCAGGCUAUCGGCCAAGGUAUCUUAGCAGAUAUCUGGACGAAAGAAGAACGCGGGCUAGGCAGUGCCAUCUACGGCCUGAUGACCUGGCUCGGACCCGCCAUCGGACCCAUCGCGGGCGCAUUUUGCACGCACUUCACUACUUGGCGCUGGGUCUUCUGGGCAACCUCCCUCUUCAGCAUCGCCAUCCAAGCCCUCGCCAUAUUCUUCCUCAGCGAAUCCUACGGGCCGUACCUCCUGCGGCAAAAAGCCAAGAAGCUGCGCAACAAGACCGGCGACAUGUCUUUGAAAACCGAGCACGACCAGAAGUCUGUCGGCCAAAUGCUGAGCAAGGCGCUCGUGAGGCCGUUUGUCAUGCUGUUCACGCAGCCGGCGAUUAUCUCGAUUAGCGUGUACCGCGCAUUCUUUUACGGGGUUAUGUAUUUGGUGCUGUCUACUUUCCCAGAGGUAUGGGAAGACGAAUACGACAUGGAAGUCCACAUCGCAUCGCUGAACUACCUCUCCCUCGGCAUCGGCUUCUUCAUCGGCCUUUUCCUCACAGGCCACCUGCAAGACUGGCUCUACGCGCGCCUCAAAACCCUCUACAACACCGCCGAAGGAAAACCCGAAUACCGCAUCCCGCCCAUGCUCCUCGGCGGCGUGCUCUCCCCCGCCGGCUUGCUCACGUACGGCUGGGCGGUGCAGGCGCACACGCACUGGAUUGUGCCGGACGUCGGCGCUGCGAUUUUUGCUUGCGGGCUGAUUGUCAUCUUUCAGUGCGCGCAGAAUUAUCUUAUUGAUGCGUAUACUACGCAUGCGGCGAGUGCGGCGGGCGCGGCGGCGUUUCUGAGGACGAUGGCGGGGUUUAGCUUCCCGCUUUUUGCGGAUAGGAUGUACGAUGCGCUUGAGUGGGGAUGGGGGAAUACGUUGCUGGCGGGUGUGAGCUUUGUGCUGGGACUGCCGGCUGCUUGGGCCUUGUGGGUGUUUGGGGAGAGGAUUCGGGCGAGGAGUAAGUACUGCUCAGGAUGAGGGAUCUACAACAAAGGUACCACCAGUCCGUGUCGAUUCGGAUUUGCGGUUUCGAAAACGUUUCGGCCGAUAAAACUUCUGAUCCCAUAGUCCAUUGUGCGGUGAUGCUCAAAUGGCCGCGGUGUCGGGAGGCGGGCACGGCUACACGGAGAGCUCAUGCAGCGCUCAAGAGCUUUUGCGAGGAU